UCUCUUGAUGAUCCAUAGCCUAUUUAUAUAUAAAGUUUGAGAAAGGUACAAAUUGACGAAAGAAGAGAAUUCCAUUUCCAUUGUAGAGAGAGAGAGAGAGAAAAAAAAAGAAGAGAGAGAAGAGAACGAUGUCUCGACAACCGGUUUACGUUCAACACUGUAUGGGCAUUAAUGGAUUGGAGAAGAUCAUUCUUAGAGAAAACCGUGGCUUCUCUGCUGAGGUGUAUCUAUAUGGGGGACAGGUUACAUCAUGGAAGAAUGAACUUGGGGAAGAAUUGCUAUUUGUCAGUAGUAAGGCUAAUUUUAAUCCUCCAAGAUCUAUACGCGGAGGCAUUCCAAUUUGCUUUCCUCAAUUCUCAAAUCUUGGUUCUCUUGAACAACAUGGAUUUGCAAGGAACAAGUUGUGGACCUUAGAUCCUAACCCCCCUCCAUUUCCAACAAAUAGCAACAAUAGAGCUUUCAUUGAUUUGCUUCUUAAAAACUCUGGAGAUGAUACAAAGAAUUGGCCUCACAGAUAUGAGUUUCGCUUGAGAAUAGCUUUGGGACCUACAGGAGAUUUAAUGUUGACAUCACGUAUUCGAAAUACAAAUACAGAUGGAAAAUCUUUUGCCUUCACAUUUGCCUAUCAUACAUACCUUUAUGUUACCGAUAUCAGUGAAGUUCGAAUAGAAGGACUAGAGACACUGGAUUAUCUAGACAACUUGAAGAAUAGAGAACGGUUUACAGAACAAGGGGAUGCUAUAGUAUUUGAAUCUGAAGUGGACAAAGUGUACUUGAGCACUCCCACAAAAAUUGCUAUCAUAGACCACGAAAGGAAGAGAACUUUCGUAUUGCGGAAAGAUGGGCUUCCUGAUGCUGUUGUAUGGAACCCAUGGGACAAGAAAGCAAAGACCAUAUCUGAUUUAGGGGAUGAAGAGUACAAACAUCUGUUGUGUGUUCAGUCUGCUUGUGUAGAAAAAGCAAUUACUCUCAAACCUGGUGAAGAGUGGAAAGGAAGGCAAGAAAUUUCUGCAGUUCCUUCAAGUUAUUGUAGCGGUCAACUCGACCCACGGAAAGUACUUUUCCAUUAUUAGAAGAAUCGGUUCCAAUGCAUUGUUGUACAGGGACUUUAGUCGCAUUGAUGGUGCUGUCAGUGAUUUCUUUCUUGCCCACAUUUUGCUUCAGGUUUAAGGGAGGAUUCCUAUUAACAAAUUUGUCUAUAUCAUUUUUGCCUUUAGUGUGUUCAGCUGCUUGAGCUAGAGAUGAAGUGGGUUGUUGGAAAAGAAUUUGAUUAUUGUAGAUUUGCAUAACCUUUUCCAUUGGGAGAAUAGAAACACUGCACCCUUGGAUGCAUAUAUCAUAUUUAUUUUAAGGUUAAGUUCUCCCUUUUUAAUAGUUAGUAACAAUUUCUUGUAUCUUUUGUUCUGUUUUUUUUAAACUUAUUUCACCUUUGUAGAAAAUAUUAUUGUUUUUAUUGAUAUGUUGUCUUGAACACAAGCAAUCAAUGCAAUGUAGUUUAAGGAUUAUUUUUCAAAGACA